UCCAAACAAGUGCAUGAAAUGUUUUAUCCAAAAAUUGUAAUUGAAUAAUAACUGAAUCUAAAACCAAAUUAAGUGCAAUACAAUGGAGUAUAAUGAAGAUGACCAGAUUACCAGAAAAGAUAACCAAUGCCAAACAGACGAUAUAAAGAUGAUUGAAGUGUCUACUCAGCAACCCUGUUGUACGAGUUUGUCAACUCAAACACUCCAUGAUAUUUAUGGUAAACCAAUUUCCUCGAUUAAUAAUCAAUCUAAACAGCCUACAAUUGAUUUUACCAGAUUGAGUAGAUUCCUCCAGCGUUCAACUGCAUUGAUUCAACACGAGAUACGAGAAAGCUGCCAAUUUGAACAGUUAUCGUCUUCAUGGUUAAACUAUUGGAAUGGAGCAAGUGGGAAAGGAAUCCAUUGUGAAAGGCGCUUGACUUCAAAAAUUUUGGAUAGUCUGCUCAGUGGUACUAAAUCGGGAUCUGGUGAUCAUCAGUAUAUCUCAGGCAUAACCUGGAAUGCUCCACAAACCACCUUAGCUGUUGUCUACAAGGCUAAAAUUCACUCAGGCUGGUGUACACAUAAAACGUUUCUUCUUCUAUGGAACCUUUACUCUCAUAAAGGCGAUUAUGCAAAGCCAUUGUACUGUUGUGAGGUUGAUAAUUGUGUCACCUGUCUAAUCGCUCAUCCUUACAGGGGUUCAUUUUAUAUUCUUGGCUGUUACAAUGGUAGCCUUUUGGUUAUUGAUACUCGUUUACUUGAUACAGCAACAGACUUGUCUGAUUUACCCGUUUUUGCUAGCUCUCCACAUCGUGGAGAUUUACACCAAGACUCGAUUAUUGGUAUGCACUGGCUUAAAUUGGACAAUAAGAGACAAUGGUUGGAAAAUGAAGACUCUUAUCUGGUUAGCUUUUCAUCAGAAGGAUUGAUUAUUCGUUGGAAAUUAGAAAGCAAAUCCAAAUUGUUAAUAGCUUUAGACUUGUACAACAUUAUAUUAACCGAUUUACCCAAGUCUAUGGGCCUAAGAGAUACAUUGGGUAGUCAUUUCAAAGGUGUACCAAUUACAUCUUUCACAUGGGAAUCUGAAAGUGAUUCUGGUUUUAUUAUUGGCUGUGAAGCUGGUGGCAUUUUUAGGUGUUCACUCAAUGGUGAAUUGAGGGAAGAAGCACCUGAUGAUCCACUUCGACCAACAGAUUGGUUACCAUUGAAAAAUCCAAUUGUCAUGGCUUAUGUGCCUCAUCGAGCCAUUGUAACUAAUGUUGAUUUUUCGCCUAAUCUGAGAAACAUUUUCAUUUCGACUGGUAAAGAUAAUGAGCUUCGAGUUUGGGAUGUUUUCCAGUCUAAACCCUUAUUUGUGGUUCAUUGUGAUGUGAAUAUUGUCUCGACUAUUUGGUUAUUUGCCCGACCAGUUAUAUUUACUAUCCAAGAAGAUGGUUUCAUAUGCAUCUAUUCAAUAACAAAUAAAGCAAAGCCUAAAUCUAUUCAUCGAUUCAGUCUGGAGGAAAGGAAACCCGCUCAAUACAUUUGGUCAAAUUACUUAGCAAGAGAUGAUCAAUUGGCCAUUUCUGAUCAAGAUAAUGCAAUUCAUCUUUACUCAGUCAAUUUAAACAGUGAAACAAUCAGAGACAAUGAAAAUAAUUGAAUUGAAAACAAUCAAAAUAA